AUGUUCCUCAGUGAGUGUGAGCUUUGCCUCUUUCUGGAUGCGGACAACGUUGCACUGCGGCCUCCACAGGAGCUACUGCCGCAGCUUCAUGAAGUUCCUGCCGUUUUUUGGCCCGACAUGUGGCCGCUUCCAAGGCGAGGUUGGUGGGCGCAGUGGGAAGCGGCCCCAUCGCAGGAGAGUGGCCAGCUCUUGAUCAACAAGACUGCCCCAGAGGUGCGUCGAGCUCUUUUACUUAGCACGCUCUUUGCCGUUCGCUGGGAUCUUUUCCUUCAGGACAUGUAUCUCACCAGUGAUGACGAGCUCAUGUGUGGCUAUGGAGACAAGGACGUGUACCAGUUAGCCUUCCGGCUGUUGCACGUCCCCUUUCGAAUGAUGGCGGAUCGGCCGGCUUUGCUGGUGGAGGGCAAGCGCUACGCUGGUUUGAUACAGCUAGAUGCGAAUCGAUCCUUCUUUGCACAUGUGUCUGCAGCAAAGCACGAGAUGUGGAGCCUGCUGGAGGCGGGAACAUUGCAACGCUGCGAUGUCUCAGAGGCAUCAAAUUUGUCUUGCUCCUCCCGGAAAGGCCAUGGAUCGCUCUUCAUUGCUUUCGAUCAGCUUCAGUGUGAGCCCUUGCGGGUUCCAGCUGAGCUGCUCCGUGCCAUUCAGAAGUUGCAGAAAAGUGAUUCUCCAGGCAUUGCGGGCUCCACAGCGAAAGCUCCGGCGCCGACUCCACCGACGACCCUGUCACAGGCACCGCAUAGCCUCUCUUCCAACAUCCAGGGGCUUCGUUUCAUGCAAAGUGCCCGAGAAAACGAAGAGCGGAAGAAGUUGGAAAACGAAAAGCUGCGACAUUUGGAGGACAUGCAGUGGGUCAUCAGAGGCUUCGAAGCAGAGGUUCAGGCUGAAAGCCAGGAGACCCCACCCACCAAGUCCACGCCGGCGCUGGGCGUGGUGCGCCUUUAUCGUCGCUCCUACAAGGGCUACAACGCCAUGGUGGAGCAGAGCAUGAAGGAGCUGCUGAAAAAGCACGCAGAUGAUGCUGCGCAGGCGGAGGAGGUGGAUCAGGCGAAGACGCUUCGAAAGAUGAAGAAGCAACGGAUGACGAAGAGCUGA